AUGGCCACUGCAGACAACACUGACACACAGCUCCUUGAACAGAAAAUGCAGCAAGAUCUCCAAGAGACUAUGAAAAAUAUGGGACUGGAAACUGGCUUUUGGUUGCCCAAAUUGAAGGAACAACUGGGAGUGACUUGUACACAGACCUUACAAGACUUACAAGAGAAAGACUUCCAGAUUCUGAAAUCCCAGGUGCAGUAUCCAUGGGAAGAAACAGCCCUGGAAAAGUUGAUGGGUCUGUCACACUCAAAUACUCACCCCAAGUUACAGGAGUCACCAGUGGAGAUGAUAAAUGAAAAUGAUGACAAACUUCAAGAUCUACAGUAUCUGUUUUUAGAAAAAAGGCAGAGUCAUGAAGAAGCAGUGAAGAGGAAACUACAUAAUAAAGACAAUGCUAAAAAGGACAUGAUAGAAAAUAGAGGUUUCCAAGAUUUACUCCAACGUUUAGACCUAAAACAUUACUUCCCAAAAAAGAUGGGCAAAGUUAAUUUUCAUCUGAUCUACAAGACUUCUGUCUACAGAAUCCAGCCCAGAUCAGAGCGGGAGCUUCCAUUCUAUUUCCUACAGAAGCUACAGAUGCUUGAUUAUGGGUUCAGGUAUCUGGUCUUCAGAGAACAAGAACAGCUAGAACAUCAGCUUUACACAAGUGCCUCUGAUGAGGAAAAUGAAGAUUCUGAUCCAUAUGAAGACUCUUUUGGUGAUGGUAAUAGUCCUGUUACCACUAACCCUAGGCCUCAUAUUCACCCAAUGGAUAUUCAGAUGGCAAUUUUUCAUUGUGCAGAUGACUUUGCCAGACAAUAUAUUUUGGGAAAACUUUCUAUUUGCCAAUUUGCCCUACCACUUUUGGUACCUAACCCUUGUACUUCGCAAAUUGAAUUCUCUCUCUGGUGUCUCAGACAAAUUAAGAGGAGUUGGCAGCAUUCAAGUAAAUCACAAGGAAGGUACCGUUUUCAUAACCAGCAGAUGUGUUGUGUGCCCACCUCCAUUGUGUCCUUCAUUAGAGUUGGAAAUGGCCUUUCUGCUUCCAAAUCUCAGAUCAUAAACUGCCUUCUCAGUAAAAAUAAACAUGAUGUGUUUUUCCACCGACACUGCAAGGGAAGCAGCAAAGACUGUCUUUUGAUGGAGGGUGUAGUGGAAUUCUACUGGUUCUAUCCUGGGGAAGAACAUGAAGACAGAUUUGACAACUGUGUGACCUUCACCAAUCUUCAUGGUGAUACAAAGAAACACAAGCAGCAGCUUGCUUUUUUGCAGGAGGUCUCUUCUCUCAUUGUGAUCCUCAUGUCAGCCUCUGAUGACAAUGGAGAAAACAGAAAAAUUGUCUGUGACCUGUGGCAGUCAUCAAAGUCACCUAUGAUCUGUUUGCUUACUGACAAAGAUAAAAAUAUAGUCAAUAAUUCUGGUAGAAGAAUAAAAAUUGGCCUAAGGAAUAGAAAUAAGGCAGAGUUAAUGGAAGAAAUCACCAUUGCAAUCCGACAUCUGCUAGAGCUCUCUGACCAUACUCUCAGCAUAGAAGACUGUUCCCACAUUGCUCGCAAACAAGGAUUCCUGGUUGAUGAAGACCAGAGAGAGUGCAAGGAAGCCAAAGAAAAGGCAGAGAUUAUAAUGGCCCUCCUGAGGGAAAUGAAUUUAUCUCACCUGAAGGAAAAUUUACUACCCCUGCAGGGGGAACUUUGGCAUCUUUGGUGUAAAAAGGACAGAGAACUCUAUCAUCUGAGACAGAAGAGGAACAGAAGUAUUGAGCAACACAAAAGUCAGAUUGAGACAGCAAAACAAAUAAUAAGGGAUAAACAAGUGGUAAAAGCCUUUCCUCUCAAUGACUUAAUGCGAUCUUUCUUACUAUUUUUACAACAACACUCAGAAACUCAUAUCAAACUCUACUUUUUGCAGUGGCUGAGUGUGUUUCUGGACAGUCUUACUGAAGGACACUUGGAAAAUCUGCAUGAGAAACAAAGAUCUUUGUGGUCAAAGACACAAACAGAAAAGCAAAAGGCACAGAAGAGCAACUCCCUGGACCUCUGGCAAAAUAAACUGGAAGCUAUCUCCACAGAAAUCAGUGACUGUACCUUGGGAAUUGAACAGCUUCUGCGAGAAAUUGGGCAAAUAUAUGAGGCACUAGAUGAAACCUCCUCCAAAAGAGAUAUUGUUUUUCUCUCUCUUCCCCAAAUUGCUGCAGAUCUGAUGCUAUCUGGCAUGCCCAUUGAGCUGAUGGAUGGGGAUGCAUCCUAUGUGCCUCUAAAAUGGAUAGCAGCAGUAUUUGACAAGGUCUCUGAGAAGCUUCCAGGCAAGAGACUAUUUGUUCUUUCUAUUCUUGGCCUACAGAAUUCAGGGAAGUCCACUCUACUGAACACCCUUUUUGGACUGCAGUUCAGUGUCAGUGCAGGUAGGUGCACCAAGGGGGCCUACAUGCAGCUCCUGAAGGUGGAAGAGACCUUCACAGAGGAACUUGGAAUUGAUUUUCUGUUGGUGGUCGACACAAAAGGACUUAGGACCCCAGAAUUCAAGACCAAAUCCCAGAGCAGAGAUGAGUUGACAACCUUUGUUUUUGGACUUGGAAACUUGAUCCUGAUCAAUAUUUUUGGAGAGAAUCCAUCAGAGAUGCAAGAUAUUCUACAAAUAGCUGUCCAAGCUUUUCUGAGGAUGAAACAAGUGAAAAUCUCCCCAAGUUGCCUCUUUGUCCAUCAGAAUGUGAGGGAAGCUACAGAUAAAGAGAAAACCAUGGAAGGACGAAGGCAGCUACAGCAGAAACUAGAUGAGAUGGCAGCAAUGGCUGCUGAGCAAGAACAGUGUUCAAAUGUAUCAUGCUUUAGUGAUGUCACUAAGUUUGAUAUCAAUACUGAUGUUUACUACUUUGCUCACCUGUGGGAUGGCAAUCCCCCAAUGGCUCCUCCUAAUCUUCUCUAUAGUCACAAUGUCCAAAAACUAAAAAGUAGAAUCCUUUCAGUGGCUAAACAGGAAUCUAAGGUAAAUAUCCUGAAGAUUUCAGAUAUGAAAUACCGAGUGGAAGAUUUGUGGAGAGCUCUGGUCAGUGAGAACUUUAUUUUCAGCUUCAGAAAUACCCGAGAGGUCAUGGCCAUGAGCAAACUGGAAACCAUGUAUAAGCAGUGGUCCUGGAAGCUGAGGAGUCAUGUGCUACACUUUCAGAAUCAGCUGAACAAUCAGAUUCAGAAUGGAAAAGUGAAGACACUCCAAAGAAGCUCACUUGAAGAUCCUAUUACAAAAGAAUAUGAAACUAUUAAGGAAGAUUUUGAAAAAUAUUUUAAUGAAGGCCCAGAGAGUAAAAUACUGACUCAGUGGAAACGAAAUGUUGAAAAUAAGUUACUAAUCUUUAAAGAGAAACUUAUAUCAGAUGCCAAAAAAGAAGCCAAUAAAUAUAUUGCUCUUAAGAAAAGUGAAGAAAUGUUGAAUGAGAAAAGGACAACCUAUAAAAAUGAAAUAUUGAAGAGGAGCCAAGAAAUGGCUUUAAUUCUAAAAGGUAAGGAAUUGAGUGAAGAGGAGUUACAGAAGCAAUUCAAUCAACUUUGGAGUAAAUGGGUCUGUGAUGUGUCCUCCAACCUUCCUCCAGCAACAGAACCUGAUAUUGAGAUGGAUUCUAAAAACAUCCUUUUGGAGCAUUUCAAAAUGGAGAAAAAUUUGGCCAACAAACUAAAGAGAAAUUCUGGAAAGCAAUUUGAACUCAAUUAUGAUAAGCAUGUCAAAAUGAGUGGAUUAUUCACAAAUCAAUUAGAAUCAGGUGAUAAAGAGUUAAUUUGUGUGACUACUAACCGCAUUUUUUCAAGAUUUGAUGAAACUAUUACUAAUAUUUGGAAGCAAAAUCAUGAUUACAAUGUAAAUGACUUUUAUGAAAUUCUGAGAAUAAUAGAAGAAGAAGUUUCAUCUGCACCUAUGAACAAAAAGUACUCAUUUACAAGCAAAUAUAACAUUGACUUAUCUUUGUGUUUAUUUGAGAGAGCAUCAAAAAGUUUUAAUGAAAUGCACAGGACAUUCAAGAAAUCAAAUGAUCCUAUAAUCUCCCUGGAAAGUAAAAAAGAAGAUUUCUUCACAAGUUUCAAGCUCUCCUGCCAAAGAGAAACCUCUAUCAAAUCAUUUGUAGAUUUUCUGUGGAGCAAGCUCAUACCUGCUCUAUCUACCACUGUAUGGGAAAAUAUGGCCCCUAAAAUUGCUGGGGACAUGCAGGCUACCUGCCCUGCAUUCAAUGGAAAUAGGGCCCAGCUGGAAAAACAUAUCCUCAUUUCUCUGGCAGAGGAAGAAAACUUUGAUAAUUAUUGGCAAUACAUUCAUAAUCCAGAAUCCUUCUUCAGGAGUUACACUGAAAAUUAUAUUAAAAACUACUGUUCAGAAAAUGGCAGUGAAAAAAUACAGACUGUUUUAAAAAUAAGUUUAGAUGCCAUCAAGACUGCCAUCCUCUCUGCUACUCAUGAGUCCAUAGCAGAAGCUAAAGAUAAAAGCAGCACUGCAUCAGAGUGGUUGGAUUUGUUUUGUGAUCACCUGGGAGAGAAUUUGAUGUUUCCACGAACAGACUUGCAAAGCAUUGAACACCAUGAGAUAAAAGACAUGGAGUUUCUCAACAAAGCCAUGAGUGAAGCAUUGGAUGCUGCAAUGACAAAAAUAGAAGAAAAAAUUUUAAGUACACCUAUAGAUGAAAUGGUUCCUAUAAUUGAGAAAAUUCUCUCUGAACAAUUCUCUGGCUGCUGGAAACAAUGUCCCUUCUGUAAGUCAAUUUGUACCAACACCAUUCCUACACAUGAAGGAGACCACAGUGUUCUCUUCCACCGUCCUCAGGCUGUCAGUGGAGGAUGUUGGUAUAAAACAGAUGAGUUCUCCAUUGACCGUUGUUCCACUGCAGUGGCAAGUGACACUCUGUUUGUUCUGAAUGACACCCUGAAAAUCCCAUUCAAGACCUACCGGCAGGCAGGAGGGGAUUAUGCCUCUUGGAGCAUCACCCCAGAUUCAUCCUCCCAGCCAUAUUGGAAAUGGUUUGUCUUUCACUUCAAAUUAGCAUUAGAAGAAAAAUACGAGAAAAAAUUUAAAAAUAAAGGUGAGAUCCCUGAUGCAUGGACCAUAAUCACAAAGCAAGAUGUACUUAAUGACUUGAAAAUGUAACUCAGUUACCACAAC